CUACUCCCGGAGAUUGUCACGCACAUUACAAGACAGGGAGUGCUACUCUACAAAGGCGCCACCAUGACACCCCCGGGGGAAGGUGUCAGCGGACCUUCGCCUUUCAGAAUGGCGAGGUCCUUUACCAGAUGCUCCGUGAACAACAGAGGAACCCCUGAGCCGGGCGGUUCUGGAUUCACCGUGUCAGGAGGGGUACAGAUCAGCGAUUCGGAGGGAACCGGACUCGGACUGCUCGACAGGUUUUCCAUCUGGGCACGGGUUCUGGGCGGUCUGGCCUCGAUGAUCUUGACGAUCUCUUUAAAAUCCUCUUCACCUGUCCAGUCGCCCACGAUCUCCUCCAACCCGUCAAAUCCUUUCGUCGAGUGCAAGAUUUCACGGUAUCGCUUCUGGGCCGCCUUGUCGAAGUUGACAUGCUUCGUUUUGAAUUGGGAGACGCAGAACUUCAUGUGAGCGGCUGGGGCCGUUUCGGGUCGAAGGACAUACCACUCGGAGAUACGCUGGAACGAACGUGGACUCCAGGUCGCACAAGGGCUUCGAGUCGAAGCAGGUCGGAUUCGACUCUGCACCACGCGCAAUCAUGACCGAGUGGGCACCUGCUCCAGGUGAUUAGGCCAACGCAUGGUUCCAAGGCAGCCUGACGACGCACCGGUGAUUUCCCGGAUCCGCUUCGCAUCCUCAGCACUAGUGCAGUCUCCAUUCUCAAUCACAGCAACGCCUUUGCCCAUCCCCGCCACGAAGUCCACGAUCUCCUUCAGCCGGUCGAUCAUCGCGGCGUCGCGGUCACGCAUCGUCCGCGUGCGGCAAUGGACCGUCAGCGCGCUGAUUCCGGUAUUCACGAUGCGCUCGACGAGCUUGAGCGUGUCUUCCUGGGACGGCAGGAGCCGGAUCUUCGCGGACACCGUGAUCUCGGGCGGCAUCGCUGCGCGCAGGGCGACAAGGAUGGAGCACAGGAGAUCGGGAUUCGUGAGCAGGGCCGCGCCCAUGCCGGAGUGCGUCGAGAAGGGCUUCGGGCACCCGCAGUUGAGGUCGAUCCCAGAGAUGUCGUUCAUGACCACACGCGCGGCUUGGACGGCGAGUUCCGGGUCGGCAGUGCCGAUUUGGAAGAUGUAGUACGGCUUUUCGACCGGGUGGGUUGUGAACAUCGCGCGCGACUUUCCAUUGAACGAGACGACACCGGUCACAGCUGUGUUCGCUAUGUCAGAAGAGGGGCGGGGAAAGGAAGCGAGGCUGAGUGCUUACGAUCAACGACACGCUCGGCGACCAGGAUAGCCUUGUCCACAAUCUCAGGUCCCCAUACCAGGGAUGCUCCGUGUUUCAAAGCGAAAAGUCGAGUUGGGACUGUUAGAUUGCUCUGAGUGGGAUGUUCUGGUGCAGCUGAUGCACCUACGGGCUCCGGAACGAACCAUCGGCGCCAGGACCACGCCAUUCUUGAAGUCCUCAGACGUGAGAUGAUCAAUCUUAGUACGCUUGGGUGCGCGUGGUGACGGCGAGCGCGAGAACGGGCGUUUGGCCACUGCAGAGCUGACGUUAGCCGCCAUUCGCUUCAGAAGAAGCAUGCACUGAGGGUGGAGUCAAGUUAAUUUUGUCCGCAUCAGGAUGUUUGCUCCGAACAAACUGCUGACUGCAUUUGACCCCUUCUGAAUCUUAUCCAAGUUCUUAAUCCUGCCAGGUUUCUUCAACAAAAUUAGAGAACACCGACUCCGUCGGGAAAUGGCCUUGCUCAAAUCGAUGAAUACAUGCCAUCUAAGCUAAUACUUAGCAACUGGAAACCAGGACUAAAUGCCACGAUAAUGAAAUUGAAAUUCGAUGAAUGAAGGGCUUGGCUCCGUCGAAGCCUCAUAAAGGAUGAUAUGAGCAAGGCUUAAAACAUUCAAGUUUCGAGAAUACUAACUCGCAAUGGGAGCUGUGAGGGGCGUCAUAGUAAACUUACCUUCUCACCAAGGCUGGGAUUCGAACGUUUGACGCUUCAGGGCGGGAAACAUCGGGGCUCGGAGUAGACCGGCUUCUCUGAAAUGAAAUUCGAUGCCUGGGCCUGUGACUAGACCAGCAAAGCGAUCUCGACGCGACUGCCAUACCCAUUCCAUGGCAGAGGGGAUCUGCCACCAGGCGUCGGAGGGCGCGACCCAAGAUCUCACGAGCACGCGACUUGUCCCUCGCUUGCAAUCUCCAUGUCCCAAUUGAUACCGUCGCCGUCCUGUUAUCUGGCGUCUCCAACGGUCCGCCGGCGUUCCGUCGCGAAUCUGCACAUCCGCUGAGUCUCCGAGAGCUCGAUUUAUCCCUCCCAGUACAACCUCGACGCCCACCAGACUCCAUUGCAGCCCUUCUAUGACCGCCGCCGGUGUCCCGCUGACCUCGUCAGGCGCCGUUCCCCCAGCUGCGAGAAGCGAGGCCGAGAAAAAGUAUCAAACGACGGGUGAUCUGCCUUGGUCGCGAACCUGCACUCCACAUGAUGUGUCUGCUUCUGACGGAAUCAGCCGUGGUCAUCUGCUGGCGGACGAGAAACAGUUUAAAUGGGGCUCGGUGCCGCAGGGCAAGAGCCAACGAUCCCACAAUAUCGCCUUGCGGAUGAUGCAAAUCAUGCUCGCGGCGUUUGUGUUCCUCGCGUUGCAGUGGGGGACUGCCUCUGCGCAAAACGACACCCUCGGCCUGCGGGAUGGCUUCAGCGCGUUCAACACCAGCGCGUUCAACUUCCAGCUCGUCAAGGACUCGCAGACGCUCUACUCGCUCACACCCGCCUCGUCGAGCUUCAAUUUCGUGCCCACUGACCAGAUGACGCUGCGGGGGAGCAACUCCCAGUAUCACCUCGGUGACAUCACCUUCCGUGCUCGGAAGGUUGGAUCGACUGCAUGGAUCAGCGGAGAUUCGUCGACUGCGCGCAAGAAGCUGACGCCUGCAGCUGUGUCCGGCUCGACGCUUGCUGCGGCCAAUCUGGGGCCGACCCUGCCUUCGGGAUCGCUGCUCAACAUCACGCGGCGCUGGGUCUCGGACAGCAACGGCAUCGAGCUGCUGUUUGACGUGCACAACUCGCAAACGGUGGCGGUCGAGAUCGGGGCGUUGGGAGCGCCCCUCGAGUUCAACAACAUCUUCACCGGCCGGACGGCUGCGCAGACGAACGAGCUGUGCAGUCUGUUCGAUCCCUACAUCGGUCAAGACGCCGGAUACGUGCAAGUGGUCCCGCUGCUCGGGACCCUCCCGCCGCUCCUCGUCGUCCCCGCGGCGAGCAGCCCGCUCGAAGGCUGGCGCUUCCUGCCCGAGGACGGCAGCAACCCGCCGUACUACCAGAGCCAGACGUUCGAGGGGCUGUACGAGUGGCAGUUCCACACGCUGGCGUACGCGCAGAACGAGUGGGCGGGCGUCACGCCCUGGAACGCGCCGACCUCGGCUGUGCUGCAGCCCGGGCAAACGCGGACGUACGGGCUCAAGUUCCGCAUGGCACCCUCCGUGCGCGCGAUCGACACGACGCUGCAAACGAACGCGCGGCCUGUCGCGGUGGGCAUCCCCGGCUACGUGCUCCCCACGGACCAGCAGGCCAAGCUGUUCCUGAACUACCCCUCGGCCGUCGCGAGCAUCAGCGUGUCGCCCGCGGGUGCGCUGACUUGGGCAUCGAACGCGGACGCAAAGACCGCCGGGUGGGUCGGCUACACGGUCACGCCGCACACGUGGGGCCGCGCGCGGCUGUCGGUGGCCUAUGCGGAUGGGACGGUACAGACGCUGCACUACUACGUCACGCACGGCGCGACGAACGCGAUCUCGAACCUCGGCAGCUUCCUGACGAACCAGCAGUGGUUCGAGAACACGACGGAUCCGUUCAAGCGGUCACCGUCCGUUAUCAGCUACGACAGGCAAGUGAACGCGAUUGUGAUGAACGAUCCCCGGGCGUGGAUCCCCGGCCUCAGCGACGAGGCGGGAGCUGGGUCAUGGCUGGCUGCGUCGAUGAAGCAGUUUGUGCAGCCAUCUGCCGCGGAGGUCACGAAGCUCGAGCGAUUCGUGAAUGCUACUCUGUGGGGAUCGGUGCAGAACUUUGACUAUUCUGUCAAGAUGGCGGUGUUCUUCUACGACCCGAGCCGCGUGCCGAGCUACAACUACCCGUCGAACUUGUUCUGGGGCAACUGGUGGUCGUGGAACCAGGCGUCGGCGUUCGCGACGGGCCGGGGCUACGACUACGUCCACGUCACGGCGGCAUACUGGGCGCUGUACCGCGUCGCGCGGAACUACCCGGCGCUGGUCAAGACGCAUACGUGGCAGUGGUACCUGAACCAGGCGGUGAACACGGUGCAGGCGAUGAUGAAGCCGAGUGUGGGGUACAGCUUCGACGGGCUGAUGGGCGAGACGGUGUUCCGGUACCUGCUGGACGAUCUGAGCCGGGAGGGCCUGGCUGCGAAUGCGACGUAUGUGCAGGGGCAGAUGCGGCGGCGCUGGCAGACGUGGAGCACAGAGCGGUAUCCGUUUGGAUCCGAGAUGGCGUGGGAUUCCACGGGCCAGGAGGGAGUCUACAUCUGGAGCAAGUUCUUCAACGACACCACGACCGCCACGAACGCUCUCGAUUCGAUCCUCGCGUAUCAGCCGCUGAUCCCGCACUGGGGAUACAACGGAAACGCGCGUCGCUACUGGGACAACAUCUACGGUGGCAAGCUGCAACGCAUUGAGCGCCAGAUCCACCACUACGGCAGUGGCCUGAACGCCAUCCCUCUGAUAUCGGCGUUUGAGUCGUCUCCGACGGACUACUACCUGCUGCGUGUGGGAUAUGCGGGAACAAGCGGCCCGAUGACGAACAUUGACCAGGGUGGAUUCGCGUCUGCGUCGUUCCAUUCGUUUGCCGAUACGCUCGCAUGGGAUGGCUACUCGGGUGACUAUGGCCCCAACUUUUCCGGGAUGUCGAUGGGGAUGAGCACGACGAUCAUCAACCACCCCGACUUUGGCUGGCAAGCCUUCGGCGGCAUCGUGACCGCGACAGGCUCGACGGUGCAGGUGUCCAUCAAAGACCCCGUGCGGCGCCGGAUCUUCCUCGCGCCGAUCGCCGCGCUCCUCACGCUCGACGCCGGCGCCUUCUCCACCAUCGCGUACACGCCCGCCACGCAGACCGUCGUCGUGACGAUCGCGCCGACGCCGGACGGCGCGGCUGCUGCUGCCGCUGCGCCGAACGGCCGCCUGGUGGUCAGCCAGACGGCGGCGGUCGCGGGCGCCGGGGUGCUCAAGCCGACGACGACCGUGCCCGUGGACGCCGGUGCGUUUGUGGUCGCGUUUCAAAAUGGGGUGGGGACGAUCACGCUCAAGGCAGCCUGAGAUGGCAGAAUGUACUUUUCUCGUUGUUUGAUGAAACAAACCCUCGUGGGCAAUGUAAUCUGCAGAUGUAAACGCACGAUGUAUGUGCUCAUGCGACUUGUCACUUGAGACCCAAUCUCCUUGUUUGUUUCAGUUACUUCUACCAAGGGCGUUCCACUCUAACCAUCACGUAUACAUCUGCCCCUCACGUAUGCCGGCGCUCAACUUCUCUGAAUCGAGAACAGCUGGCAGAUUCUGAGAACACAGACGCUGAAUGCUUGGAAGUUGAUGCGCACCUCGCCGCUGGUGUCGCUGCUGACAUACAGCACGCCCGUAGAGGAGAACGCGAGCCCCACGGGCCGGAUGCAAUGCCCGGAGCAGGACGUGAGGUUACUCGCCUGCACGAGGAACUCGUACGCGUCGCCGCGGAACGGAAAGGGCGCGCUGCAGUGCGCGAAUCAUAUUCGUGUGGCUUUAGAUGAGGGACAGACGCACUGGACGACGCCGUAUCCCGUCGGCGGAUUGCGGUUGAACGAGCCGUGGAAGGAGACGACCGCGUCGCCCGCGAAGCUGGCCGGGAAGGACGCGGCGGUCGAGUUUGCGGGCGGGGCGUAGAACUUGAUAUCCAGCGGAACGGAAUGCGCCUGGGAGCCGCGGUUAAUCAGUUGUCCCACAGACGGUCGAUGGGGAUUCCUCACCUGCAGACUGAGCACGGGGGGCACGUUAUUCUGCGUCGAUGCACACCAACUGUGGUUCCUCUCGGGUGUAAGCAUGAGGCUGAUCUGCGCGCCCCUCGCGAGCGCCGUGUAUUGCGGAUCUCCCGCGGGAUCGGCGGUAGGGUUCCAGAGCGUGGUACAGUCCGGAAAGCCGUACGACACGGCCGGGCGGCCGAGGUGGACGGCGUUGAUUUCGUCGGCUGGGUUGUCGUUCACGAACGCUGGAGUCAGUCCUUCAAGAAAUCAACUCAUCAAAUGUGGGAAGCCCGGUGCAUUGCAUGUCUGUACUCACCUGUGACGUUGUCGAUGCUGGCGCCGUUCUCGACGACGUAAAGCUUGCGGGGAUGAGCCGGAUGCACCGCGAAUCCGGCGGGGUUGCGGAUCCCGUAAGCCACGACACGUCCGUCCGUCCAUUGUUUCGGGGGCCGGGAGCCGCGACACGGGUUGGCUGACAGCGCGAACCGCCGGAUCUGCGAGCGGCCAGAUGCAGGAUCUCGAGCGGUCGGGUCGAUGUUGUUUAGCGGUCCGUUUGCGACGAGGAGCGAAGCAGCGCCGCCGGGCGUCUUCUCCAGCUGCAGCGUGUGCGUGGUGAGAUCUGGAGCCAAUCACUCGUUGUGCGUCCCAGUGAUGCGACGAGCGGCAAAGAGCAGAGCACUUACCUCCGUCCGCUGGGAGACCCAGAAUGACAUCGCACGGGGCGGUUGAGUUCCCAACUGACUUGCUGGCGUGGUCGUACUGGUACGCGAGCACGGCGGCCGCGGUGCUGACGUACAGCGUGCCGGUGUCCGCGUCGAGCUGGAUGCCCUGCGUGAAGUUCGGGUUGGCGAUGACGAGCGUGCGGUCCCACCCGCCCGCGGCAGGGCUGAUUACGGAGACGCCCAGCCCGCGCUCGACGACGAGGAUGUUGUCGUCCCCAUCGAGGGCAAUGCCGCGCGGGAGGGUGAGGUUGGAGAAGAGGACCUGCGCGGAGAAUCCCGGUGCGACAGUCACGGGGGCGCGGAACGGAGCGCCAGAGGGCUGGAAGGUCGCUGCGAUAGGCGUGAGGAGCAAAACGAGGACGACGGAGCUGGACAGGAGACAGGCGUGCAUUGGGUCGGCGGAGGUGGCAGCUCGUGUCAGUCCAUCUUUAUAGAGGAAUCCCGGAUGCUCCUUGACAGGCAGAUUCGGCAGUCGUGGGUCACCGGUUUCAACCUAAGUAGUCACGGUCACAUGUGACGAUACGCGCUUUCCCUUCUUUGAUAGUGCCACUUCCUCCUCGCAAAUCCAUGGCCGACGAUUCCAAAGACAUCCCUCCAAACCCACCGCGCUGGCGGCCCAACCCGGACCCGUCGUCCAUCGUCGUUCCGGGCCUCGACACCAGCGCGCCCAUCCACGACCAGAUUGAGCAGAUCGAGCAGCUCAUCACAAUCAAGCUGCGCGAUGUCGACGAGAACUUUGCGCGCAUCCAGCAUGUCCUGGCGACGCGGAUCUUGCCUGCGGUGCGGCGCUACGAGGCGAACACGAAGCCUGUGCGGGAGGCUGCGAAUUUCUGGGUCUCCUUCUACGAGAAGGCAGCGCAGAUACGUAUCCCCACGACGGACGACUACUCGACUGUGAACGACGUGCCCUCCGAACGCGGAGAUCAGACCCAGACGGAGUCGAGUGGGCAGCAAACCGAAGUCUUACUGGAAGAAGGGGAAGAGGAGGACGGGGAGAAUACUGUUCUUCGAGACCAGACAGUGCAGGAGCACAACACGACGACUGAGACAUCAUUCCUGCCUGGCCAAGCCGCCUUCGCAUCUACCCCCGCUGCCGCGCGGCACGGGCUGGAGGAACCGUCAUGGUCCGCUUCACUCGAUUCACCCCUGACGCGUCUCGAUCGUGAGGUACAGAGCUUCUCGCGCGAGCAGAGUACAUUCCAACUGGACGAAGACGACCACACCGUGAUCCGAUCCGCGCUCAAGGGCAAGGGCAAGGACAAGGAGCCGAUGCGGACCAAUCUCUUGCGGAACCAGACGGGCAUGCACUCUGAUGUGUCGUUCUCCGCGAUGUCGCCGAUGCGGGGCAAGAUCAAAACGCCCAUCCCGCACAACCCGUACCUGCCAAAGACGAUCCAGCCGGCGAACUGGAGUGGCAUCGUCGAUCUUCGCAAUACGCCGCUGUCGACGCCACGGAGGGGCGAGAAGAGACACUUGGGCGACGUCAGCGACGACGACGACGACGACUCGUUCGACGGGCUGCCCGCUGGGAUGUCGCCGCCCGUUCUGAUGUCACCCGCGCGUCCCCCACGAUCGACCGCUGAGCUGCAGCUCCUGCGUGGCAAGACACCCGCGAAGGACGCUGCGGCGCGGAUCAAAGACGAUCUGGUGCGCGACCUGCGGCACCAGGAGUCGGUCAAGAUCCGCCGCUACUACGGCUACCCGCUUGGGGACAACGCCACGGAGUCGAGCAUGAACACGCUCGAAUCCAUCCCCUCGCUGUCGCGGUACCGCCCCGACACUGACACGAGUGCACUCGACGAGGAGGACGGGGACGAGAGCCUCGAGACGGUCAUGCGCCGCGUGGCACUCGACGCGCGGAUCCCGCCUCCGGUCUCGACCACCCCCGGUCUCCGCCUGCGUCCGAAAACGAUGUCGGUCACUUCGUCGUCGUCCGGCCCGGUGCCGAUGGCGUUCCGAUUCGACGGGCCGCAGGCGCCGCUGCUGGACGACGGGGGCUUCGACUCGGACUCGGACUCGCUGGAGGAGGAGGUGAACAACACCGCGCACCCGUCCGCCGCGUUCCUGAUGGCGGCCGGGUCCGGCACGUCCGGCUUCGACGAGGACGACUCGUUCCAGUCGCAGGACUCGCUCCUCGAGGCGGCGGACGGCAACGUCCUCGCUGCGUUCGCGCACCACCCCGGGUUCGCUGGCGCCGGCGGGGACGACUCGUUCGACGACGAGACGUUCGACGCGGGCGUGCCGCAGGAGGAGACGGUCUUCGGGCGCCCGCCGGCGCAGCGCGCGCAGAAUCGGCUGUCGGAGCGCGGGGAGCUGCUGAUGUUUGGCGGCGACGAGGCUGAGCAGCACGUGCCGGAUACCUUGCAGUUUGCGCAUGUCGGCAGCAGCCCGACGCCGCAGUAUCGGUGAUGGCUUGGAAAUUUCUUGUUGUAUGUGCAGUGUAUUAUGGUCACAAAGGAAUCAAUAAAAAUGGGGAACGGAAAGCAGAAAUCCUCAUAAGUUCCCCAACAACUCCUUUUGUCACCACACUUCCGGACCUAGGAUCAUCACAAGUCACACUCUUGAC